AUGGUACUUCCCGACUCUCAAUUUGAGUGGUUUUACGAUGUUGGUUUUCCCUCGGCUGUUCAACUGCGUAACAUUUCUGGUGGUACCGACUUGGCCGGAUUGUUUGGCAUUGAGAACCCACUCGAACCUGUCUACGUCGGUGGCUGUCAGGGUCCAUGCCUGGGCACAAAACUUGAGGUUUAUGACAGUCUUGUCGAGUCCGGCCCUGGACACGCCGUCCCUGAUGGCGAGCCUGGUGAGCUUGUUGCCACGGCCAGUUUUCCAAACCAGCCAGUAUUCUUCUGGGGUGACAGUACGGGUGAGCGAUACCAGAACGCAUACUACAAACGAUUUCCACAUGUGUGGACGCAUGGCGAUUUCAUCCAAAUCCACCCUUCCACUGGACAAAUCAUGUUCCUCGGUCGUGCUGAUGGGGUCCUGAACCCAUCAGGUGUCCGAUUUGGCAGCAGUGACAUCUAUUCAGUCAUCGAGACGCAUUUCCCGGAAAUUGCAGACAGCAUAUGUGUUGGUCAACGACGGCCGCAGGAUAAUGAUGAGAGCGUCAUGCUGUUCUUGAAAAUGAAUGAAGGACAACCGUUUACGCCCACGCUGGUUAACAAUGUCAAGAAAAAGAUCGCGGAAGAGAGGAGUAGACGUCACGUGCCCCGAUACGUGUUCCAGACAUGGGACAUUCCGACUACAGUCAACUUGAAGAAGGUUGAGCUGCCGGUGAAGCAGAUUGUAUCGGGUCGCAUCAUCAAGGCCAGUGGUACGCUGGCAAAUCCCGAGAGCUUGAAGUUCUAUGAGCAGUUCGCGAAGGUGGAGGAGGUGCUGGAGCGGGCAGAAAAGGGCGACUUUAGAAGUAAGCUUUAG